AUGGCGUCUUCCAACACCACCAAAACAUUCUACAUCUCCCCCGAAGAAUCAGCCACCACUUCCCGCAACUCCACCACCUCCUCAGAUUCAGAUGACCUAGACGAUCUCACGAGCCUUCCCUUCCCGCAGCCACUUCCCCGCCAAGCCUUCGUCAGUCCCGACUUCUCCCCUGCCACGUUUCUCAGCACCCUCACCUCCAACCGCUUCCAAACCCUCGAGGAUCUCCGCGCUGAACUCACCACGUUGUCACGUACCAUCGAGACAGAGCUCUUUGAGCUGGUCAAUGACAACUACACUGAUUUCCUGGACUUGGGGAAUGCGCUGAAGGGUGGGGAGGGGAGAGUGGAGGAGGUCAGGGUUGGGGUUCUAGGGUUUGAGAGGGAGUUACAGGGGCUGAGGAAGCGGGUGGAUGGCGAGAGGGGACGAGUGAGGGAGGUGCUUGCGGCUAAAAGGAAAGUUGGCCGUGAGAUCGCUGUUGGGAGAGGAUUGUUGGACGUGAACAGGGAAUUGGACGAACUUGAGGGGUGGCUGGGAUUGAAGCCUGGGAGUGGUGUGGGCGGUGCGGUAUUGCCGACACAAGAGCAACAGACGGCUGAGGUGAGAGACGAAGACGAUGAGGACGAAGAGGGUGGAGGCAAGGGUGUGGAGUGGAGUUCCGCGUGGGACGACGACAUCGAUGAUGAUCAUCUUGAGGACAGCGACGAUGAGGCAGAGGAAGGCGCCAUCCCUCCACGGCUGAAGCGCAAAACUGAAAAGUUCCUGGUGGUACGCGUGCUCUGCGAGAGGUUCGGAAGAGAGCACCCGUUCAUCGCAGCGCAACAAGAUCGGAUCAGGAAGAUCAAGGAGACAUUGUUGGUUGACAUGGAUGCAGCAAUCCGAGCAGAGACGAGCGUCAAGGGAAAGCAGGCAAUAUUGAGGUUGCGGAGCGAGGUACAAGAAUAG